AGGAGGAUUACAGAUACUACCCACCAUCUCAGUGUCUCAAUCCUUGAACCUCUGUCUCGCAAGAGUGAUUCGCAUCUGGGGAAUUUGCAGGAAGACUUCGAUUCAGCCAUACCUGCGGAAGAACCAACCUGUCCGAGUUUCAUAUGGGACCAUCGAUACCCCAGUCUCCGAGCGUUGAGGACAGAUAUGGAUAUUGGGGAUGGACUUUGGAUAUGCUGCCAUUGCCGACACGAGAACAUUUUACGGCACUUUAAGGGCCGCUUCCCAUUCAAGCACCUCCGUUGCAACCGUUGCGACCGUACCUUAUGUUCCAGUUGUCAUACUUCUGAGAUUCUCUCGCCCUUACCGUAUGGCCUGGUUCAGGUCCCUGAACCAUCUCGUGAUUGUGAGUUGCGUUACUGCCAUGUGUGUUCAAACUGCGGAUUGAGUCACCGCGCAGAGAGAGCGGGUACAACACUUGACUGUUAUGGAGUUGUCUGCACUGGCUGUGGCGUUUCGUCUUACGGGGACUGGCCAAGAUAUUACAUUGGUUCAGUCGAAUCAUAUCGGAGAGAUCCAGAUGCAGCGUUUGCUAGGCUCGGCGAGAAGAAAGCU